UUGUAUCUUGACGAAUCGCCAUGGCUGCUGCUGCUCACGCCGACGGAUUCUCAAACGCUUCCAUGGAAAAUCUUACUGGCCAAAGGCCGAUCUCCACGAUAGUCUUCAUCGUCGCUAUGCAAAAGGAAGCUCAGCCUCUUAUCGAAAGGCUUCGACUUGUCAAAGAAGUUAACUCCCCGUUUCCAAAAGAGGUGUCUUGGAUUCUGUUUAAAGGAAUAUAUAAAGACUUGAAUAUCAAUAUAGUGUGCCCAGGAAAAGAUUCAGCUCUUGGGGUUGAUAGUGUAUGCACGGUUCCUGCAUCUCUCGUGACUUACGCAUCCAUACAAACACUUCAACCAGACCUAAUCAUUAAUGCUGGAACCGCUGGUGGGUUUAAGGCCAAAGGAGCAAGUAUUUGUGAUGUUUAUAUUGUUUCUAGUUCUGCUUUCCAUGACAGAAGAAUACCUGUUCCUGUCCUUGAUCUAUAUGGUGUUGGUAUGAAGAAAACGUUUCCUACACCCAACCUUAUUAAGGAGCUGAACCUAAAGGUAGGACGAUUAUCCACUGGUGAUUCUAUGGAUAUGUCUCCACAUGACAAAGAAUCCAUCACAGCAAAUGAUGCUACAGUUAAAGACAUGGAGGGAGCAGCAGUAGCGUAUGUGGCUGAUAUUUUUAAGGUCCCUACGAUUUUAAUAAAAGGAGUAACUGAUAUUGUCGAUGGAAAUAGACCAACCUCAGAGGAGUUUUUGGAGAACUUAGCUGCUGUCACUGCCAAGCUUGAUGAGUCAGUUACCAAAGUGAUUGACUUCAUCAGUGGCAAGUGUCUUUCUGACCUCUGAGGAGGUUCACGUUUUUAAUAUAGAUUCAAGCAAAAGGGAGAGAAGGUAUAGACAAGUUAUGUGAUAGGUUGGAGCAGAAUGUUCAUUUUUAACUCCAUUUUUCCUCAUAUGAUAAUGGAUCAUCUUAUAUGUAGAAAGUUACUCAACAACACAAUAAGAUUUGCUUUCAUCUUAUUUCAUUGCAUUGUUGAUGUUCUUUUUUUAUUCAUGCUUGAA